AUCCGCUUGCGGCGGAUUAUUGUAAUCCGACAGAGGGUUUGGACGACACAUCGGAUCACGGAGGGAAAAAAAAGCAGCCCAGCGGCCUGUAACAGAUGCGGCUCGUCCGACAGUAGAGGGCUAAAGUUGGGAUAUGACCCGCCGCCCUGCUCGGUGUUCCCGCAGCCUGUGAUCGGCUGUGCCCGGACCGUUUCCUGGACUGUCCGUGCUCUGACAGCGGCUUGGCAUCACGGCACCGCGGAGAUUUAACCCGCUGGUUGAAGACGUCCCUCCUCCUUCUCCCUUCCCCCGCUAGGUUUAGGUCCAGCCCCGGCCCGGCUUGGCUCGGCUCGGCUUGGCUGUCCUGUUUGCGGAUCGAAGCAGUGCCGCCGCCGCUCGAACUCAAGUAGCUAGCGCGGCUAGCCUAGACCAGCUAGCUAGCUAGUUAGUCCGGAAUCGAUCAAGUUUAUUUGGGAUCGAUUGAAUAAUCGCAGCGCAGUGGGACGCAGAAUGUCAGCGAAGGACCAGAACAAACUCUCCACCGUCGAGAGACCCAUUAAAGCGGUGCCAUAUCCUCCAGGGACUCGCCUGACGGUCAAGGACCUGUACGUGGAUGGACGGCCCAGCGUGGAGAUACUGAAGGCUCACCUGGUGAAGGAGGGUCGGCUGGAGGAGGAGUCGGCUCUGCGGAUCAUCAACGAUGGCGCCGCCAUCCUGCGCCAGGAGAAAUGCAUGCUGGAAGUGGAGGCUCCCAUCACAGUGUGUGGUGAUGUCCACGGACAGUUCUUUGACCUGAUGAAGCUCUUCGAGGUGGGCGGGUCUCCCAGCACCACCCGCUACUUGUUCCUCGGGGACUACGUGGACCGAGGGUACUUCAGCAUCGAGUGUGUCCUGUACCUCUGGGCUCUGAAGAUCAACCAUCCCAACACCCUCUUCCUCCUCAGAGGAAACCACGAGUGCCGACACCUCACAGAGUAUUUCACCUUCAAACAGGAGUGUAAAAUAAAGUACUCUGAGCAGGUGUAUGACGCCUGUAUGGAGGCAUUUGACUGCCUCCCUCUGGCUGCUCUGCUCAACCAGCAGUUCCUGUGUGUACACGGCGGCCUGAGCCCUGAAGUCACCUGCCUGGACGACAUUCGGAAGCUCGACCGGUUUAAGGAGCCGCCUGCGUUCGGGCCGAUGUGUGACCUCCUGUGGUCGGACCCGGGUGAGGACUACGGCUCGGAAAAGACCCAGGAACAUUUCUGCCACAACAGUGUGAGAGGCUGCUCUUACUUCUACAGUUAUCAAGCAGUGUGUGACUUCCUGAUGAACAACAACCUGCUGUCUGUAAUACGAGCACACGAGGCCCAGGACGCGGGAUAUCGAAUGUACAGGAAGAGUCAGACGACGGGUUUCCCGUCUUUAAUCACCAUCUUUUCAGCUCCUAACUAUCUGGACGUGUACAAUAACAAAGCGGCGGUGCUCAAGUAUGAGAAUAAUGUGAUGAACAUCCGACAGUUUAACUGCUCCCCUCACCCAUACUGGCUGCCCAACUUCAUGGACGUCUUCACCUGGUCCCUGCCCUUCGUCGGAGAGAAAGUGACUGAGAUGCUGGUGAACGUGUUAAACAUCUGCUCUGACGACGAGCUGAUGUCAGAGGGAGACGACACGUGUGAAGGUGGCACUCCUGCUGUCAGGAAGGAGGUGAUCAGGAAUAAAAUCCGGGCGAUUGGAAAGAUGGCGCGCGUCUUCUCUGUGCUCAGAGAGGAGAAUGAGUGUGUGUUACAGCUGAAGGGUUUGACCCCGACAGGAACGCUGCCUAUGGGAGUUUUGUCCGGAGGUCGACAAACUCUGCAAAGCGCCACCGUAGAGGCAGAGGAGGCUCGAGCGAUUCAAGGUUUCAAACCUCAGCACAAGAUCCAGAGCUUCGAGGAAGCUCGAGGCCUCGACCGCAUCAACGAGCGGAUGCCGCCGCGCCGCGACAGCAAGCAGCAAGACUCCACCCCCUCCCUCAACAACCUGCCCGCCAGCACCGGACCCCCAGACAAGAACGGCACCAACGCACAGGCCUAGAUGCUCCUCCCCCUUUACCUCCCCCCUCUUCCUCCUCCUUCUUCUCCUCUUCCUUCCUCCUCCUCUUCCUCCCUCUACUCUCCUUUAAGAGCAGGAGAAGACGCCGUUCAGUCCGAGCGACUCGUCGCCAUUAAUUUAUUUCCUCAUCGAUUUAAAAGAGAAAGAAAAUCAUCGAUCAGACUGAACAGGAUCUAAAUCUCAUCGCACACGGAUCCAUUUCACAUCAGACGCCUGUUUUUUUUUUGGUUUAUUUGUUUGUUUUUGAGAAAGAGGAAGUGACGCUCACUGAAACACACACACACGUACAUGCACUCACUCACACUCACACACAAUCAAACACACGUCCUUUCUUAUGCCAAUGACAGUGUGAAUGAGAGUAUUGACGUUUAUCUGUACAUUUUACUUGUUCCAUCUUUUCAAUGUGAUCUCUUUUUCUUUCUUUCUUUUUUUUACAAACAUAGAUUUAGAUGUAAAGAUCGGGGGGAGUUAAAGGGUCAUUCCGCUUUACUGUAAGGUUUGUUGGAAGAGCAGGAAUCUCAACUUUGGCAGUCACUGACUAUUGAGUUGACUUUUUUCCGUUUUUUUGUACGAGUCAGUGAACUCACCAGAUAAACGUCCAAGAGGCGCAGUGAGGACAGUGAUUGUUGAUUAUUAUUAUUAUUAUUAUUAUUAUUAUUAUUAAUCAGAUUAUAAAGGGAAAAGUAUGUCACGCUUCCUGUCUGCUCACGUUUAGGCUCCGUAUCUCCUCAUUGUGACUAAACGUGAGAAGACAUCUUUACUUGACCGUCGUCAGCUCCUCCCUCACUCUGAUCGUCUCCAGUCGAGAACAGAAGAGGACAAAGUAAAAGUCCCAGCCCUUGUUUCGUCCCGAUAAUCAACAAAAAUUGUUGUUUAAUCGUGUUAAAUUGGACUUUUGUUGUGUAUUCGUACGCCAUCAGAGAGAGAGAGAGAGAGAUUUGAAUCCUGGUCAUGUCAUCCAUGAAUCCAGAUCAGAUUUAAUCAGAUUACCGUGUGUCCUUGUCUUCUUAGCACUUGUUUCGUCCCGAUAAUCGACAGAAAUCCAGUUUAAUUUCACUCUGUGCUAUAUUCGGGCGCCAUCAGAGAGAGUGAAAAUGAAUCCUGUUCACAUCAAUCAUGAAUCCAGAUCAGAUUUGAUCAGAUUCCUGCCUGUCCUCCACUCCCCCACAGUCUGCAUGUCUCCAGUCGAGACAAAUUAAAAGUCCCAGCACUUGUUUCGUCCCGAUAAUCAACAAAAAAAAUUGUUUUUUUCCUGCUAAAUUAAACAACGAAAGAGGAGUCUGUCCUCAGGUGUGUCCUCAGUGUUUACUGGUACGUUCACGAUCAGUCGGUUUCACCAAAGAGGAAUCGUCCUUUAACCUGAUGAUGAUGAUGAUGAUGAUGAUGAUGAUGAGGAGGAGGAGGUAGAGGAGGAACCCUGGUUGGUUUGAUGUAAUGAUUGGUUUCUUUUGGGGAGAAGGUGGGGGGAGUCUGUAAUUUCUGACUUCUGUCUGGGUCUUUGAACAUAUCACAGAAUGUACAGAAACUUUUUCUUCUUUUUUUUUUUUGUUUUUGUUGACUUCCUGUACGCGCGGCCUCAUUUAUGUCGAUGUUUUCACUCCAUUCAAAUAAAAACGGAGAAGUGA